CAACACCAAUAUAUUUGGUGUGACUGCAAACCAGCUUCAGCGACAUCUGUUAUAAUGUUUUAUAUUUCAACGAAGGAAGGCAAACGAUAAUCGUUCAAAUUUAAGUAAAGUUAUCUGUUUUAGGGUUUUAGUGCACAGAUUAAUCCAGUACAAUUAAGUCGUGUUGGAAUAAGUGAAAUCUAGUAAUAACAGAUUAAAGACUGCUGAAGACAUGGGCUGUUGCUAUAGUUGUAAGGAGGAUGGUUCGUCGCAGGGUGGUGAAGUCAGUGAAAGGACACAUUUAUUGGUAGAUCCUGUUAGCAACAACACAAAUAUUCAGCGAGUCCAGAGUGAUGACUUCAUUGGAUGUUACUCAACUUCCUUGCCAAAGAAGACUGAUGAGCAGUCUGCUCUUAAUCGAAUCCUUCAAGAAACUGCAACAAAUGUAAUAGAUGUUGCAGCUUCAGAUUCACACAAUUUGGAACAGCAUGAGUAUUUGGACAGAGUGAAACAUUAUACACAAAAAUUACAAUCCAUGUCCCGAUGGACACCUCCACGACGUCCACCAUGUCUCCUUGUGGACAUUCCAGCUCCAGAGAAGUUGCUAGCAGCUGAACCUUUAACAGAACAAGAUCUGCAUUUGAUCACUACGGCUAUAGAGGAGGCAGAUGCUGCUCUUGUAGAACUGAGAGUAGAGCAUAAAGAAGACUUAGUAGUGCCAUUCAGAAUCCCUUGAAAUGUUGCAUCAAAGCCAAAUAAUAUAAACUGUGAAUGCUGUCUGGUGUCUGCUGCAAUAUUUUCAUGAGGAUGUGAAGGCAGUUCAAUUUGUGAUAUGAAUGACUAUGGGCAACAUUUAUAUAUAAUGUAUAUAUAUACAGAAUUUCUGACUGACUGAAGUGUUAUGUGUUUAUGCUUUAUUGAAACUACAGACACUUUGUGUGGAUGUAAUGUGUAUCAUGCAGUAAAUGAUCACGAAGUUUGACAUUUAUUAAGCCAAAAAAGAAGUGACAUUCUCUCUCUCUCUCUCUCUCUAUCAGUAUAUAUAAUUAUAAAUGGUUUAUAUGUUUUAACUCUAUUUAAUCAUGUUUGUUACAUCUAAUUAUAUAAAUAAGGGAUAUGUAAGGUUCAUUAAAAACACUGUAAUAAACCUUGCAUCAACUUCUUUGUGCUGUAACUUCUUAGUUGAGAUAACUUGUAUGAGCUUAUUGUUGAAACAUACAAAUGAUUGAGAUUUAUGGUUUGAUAGUGGUUUUCAUGACUAGUACUUUUUGUUAGACAGAUUUAUUUGACAGUGAUAGCAGUGUGGAGGAGAGAACUUGGAUUAUGUGAUUGUAACUGUAAUUUAUUUAUGUUUUCUAACAGUUAUUUGUAGUAAUAAGCGUGUUUUGGAUUAAUUUCGUAAUUAUGAAAUAGCUGUAAACUGCAACCGUUGUUCAGUAUGCUAUAUGAAAUUUUCAAGCUAAGCGAAACCUGAGAAUGUCAAUUAUCGUAAUCCAAUUUCAUUGCAGUCUGUGAUGUUCACUAUAUCUAUUAAGAAGACUUACAAGUCUUGUAUAUAUGUAAAAUAAAUAAGAUAGAAGAUUUCCCCAUGUAAGGACCUAUACACAUUCUUCUGAACACUACACUUUACUGUAUAUUGGUAUCAUCAUGAUAUUUAGCUGUUUAUCAUGCUGUUACCUUGCGGAACAGUAAAUAGUAGCAGAAAAUACUAUUUUAUUUUAUAAUUCACACCCAGUUUUCAGUGAAUUUUCUGGUCAAAUACUUGGAUGUGCAUUAACUUUACUUUUGAAAAUGGUACACAUAUAUCUCUUGUCUAUUUGACCUGUACAUAAAAAUGAAUGUUUUUCUGCAUCACAGUGGCUUGUCCACAGGGUAAUCAUCAAUACAGGUCUGCUGCCACAAUAUUUUUUAUUGAUGCCAUCUUUCGUAUUAAUCAGAUGCGUGAAACAGAAACAGUAGUAUAUAACCAGUUUGGCUACUUGAGGUGCUGACAUGCAGUGGUCACUCUUUUCACAAUGCCAUUGAUUAACAAUAUUUAAAUUGACAAUCUGUCUCGUGAUUUCAAGUAUUUAGUUAAGACAUUAACCUCUAAAAAUUACAUUCCUGGUAAAUGUACAUUUAUAAUAAUUUCAGGGAAAAUACUGCAUCAUUCACUAAUUGUUUGAUCUUCACACACAUCAUCUUACCAGAGGAACUAAACUCUCUCAUGAAAUAAAAAAAAUUAUAAGAAUCUAACAAAAGAGGAAUAUGUGCUCAAAUUUUACAGAUAUUUUCCAAAUGUUUGCUGUGUGAUGUGUAGGAUUACUUCAUUAACCCUGAUGUUCAUUUGUUACUGAUACAGAUUUUACUUCCCCAUCAGAUGAAAAAGGUCAGUUGAAUUUGUUAUUAAAUAUCACAAUUGAAAGCUGGAGAAAAUAUUAGUGAAAUUAAUGAUAUGGGAUAAGAGUGACCAACAUGUAUUAUCUAUUGUUAUAAAGUAUUCAUACAGCUU